GUGGGAACUCCACAAUGACGGAUCAUACCUGUCUCCUGGCACUUUCAGAUUGUGAGUCAAGUAGGGUCAGUUUGUCCCUGGAGGUCAUUCAUUCAAGAGGUCAUUCACCCUCGAGUGGCAGCAAAGGUUCCAGGCCUGGGCGUGUGCAAAAGGCAGAGCUACCGGAUGGGCCCCUGCUGCUGUGAGCUCUGAAGGUGAAUUGCCUAGCUGCAACAGUGUGUUCUUGGAGAAAGUUCUCAGGAGAAAGAAGAGGGAAACACAGAAAGUAGGGCCGGACCACCCCGCCGGAACCGGAGGCCCCAGGAAUCCCAGAUCUAGAGCCAGGAACAUCUCAACCAGGAGCAGGGACAUGGACCACAGCGCGGAGGAGGCUGCAGCGAGCCCUGAGGUGUCCCAGGAACUGCUGGAAGAAAUGGUCUGGGUUUUUCGUGUAGAAGAUGCGGCUCCCUGGAAUUAUUCCAUGCUGGUUCUGGCCGUCCUGGUGGUGGUGAUAAGCAUGGUCCUCCUGAGGAGGAGCAUCCUGUCAAACAGAAAUCGAAAGAAGCAGCCACAGGACAAAGAAGCACCAGAAGACCCGCACCUACACGGUUCCGGAAUGAAAGAAAACAGCAGUCUGAGCAACCUAAGAGAGACGCUUAUCUCAGGGACUGCAGACGCGGCCCCGGGGGAAACUGGGUUGAACGAGAAAGACGUGCCACUGGUCUUUCUACCGGACCCACAGGAAACCGAGAGCUAGGAAGCAUCGAGAGAAUAUGCUAUCCUAGCUAGACACGUGACUGUGAUCUGAGCUCAGCUUCGGGGCCUCAAACUCCUCAGGUUAGACAGCACCCCCCCACACACAAGCAGCCUAACUUAUUUUUAGCAGACACAAUAAACAAACUACAAUCAGAUGAAAA